UCUAGCUCAUCACUGGGCUGGGUACCCAUGUGGGGGGAAUAUCCAGAAGAGAUUGUUGAAGAUUACCAGGAAGCUUAUGGCCUUCUCUAUGAGGACUUGGAACUUUUGUCAUCUGCCUUUAGAGAGGAUAACUUAAAUAGUAAGAUCUUCAUGUAAUUUAGAUAAGAUCUUAUUGUAGUUUUUUUAUUUCAUUUAAGUGAGGGGUUGUAAAAAAAAAAAAAAUUCUAAAUCUUUCCUCAUAACACUACAAUCUGCUUUCAGUGAUCAGUGAUCUUCAAUACAUUAGUUUCCUCUGCAUGUUGAUUCCCUAUGCCAAGAGUUCUGUCAUUUUGGACACAACCUCAUCCUUUCAGUGAUGCAAUACUCAUCCUCUGCUUUUGAAAUUUCUUAAUCUCUCUUUUCUGUUUGCACACAUUUAUUUUAAAACAUUACAAAAUGACGACCAUCCAUUUGACACAAAAUAUUAUAAUGAUGGUUCACACAAGAAAAUGUUCGGGAGGCACACAUGAAUCAUAUAUAAAUUGCGCACAGUGUGUUAGGGUGACACAUACACAAAUCAUAUGUAAAGUGCACACAGUGUGUUAGGGUGACACACACACAAAUCAUAUGUAAAGUGCACAUAGUGUGUUAGGGUGACACACACACAAAUGGUACAACUGGAUCAAAUCAAAGCUCGUCUGGUUGUAUAUUUUUGCAAUGUAAUGUACAUUUCAGAUCAUGAGCCUCAUUCUUAUUACUUCCUGAUUUUCCUCUUUAUUUUAGCUAAUAAAUUUGUCAAAAGUUUGCCUCUUCUUCUUUGUACUUUGCAUCUCUCCUGAAUGAUACAAAUAACAGUGAGGGAAGUUGAGAGGAUUAUCGGCUGCUUCUGUCUCAGAAACAGCUGAAAAUUAUUGUUCCAGAUGCAGAGUAUUUUAAAAUUAUCCCUAAUAAACAGCCAGUCUGAUUUACAACCAGGUGAGAUCCACUGUCAAUAUGUAUUUACACAAAUCUUAACAUCAGUUGCAAGAAAAAAAAGAUCAUUCUUCUUUUGUGCCUAUUCACAGCCCUUUUCUUGACAAGAGAUGACUCAUUUUUGGGUUCUUUAUCAGAAGAAGUAAAAGUUAGUUUUGUUCAGCAGAGCUCAGCAUCUCAAAAGAUCUGUGGGGAUUAUGAUAAGAUAGUGCAUAAAUUCCCAGUAAGUAUCUACACAUCUUUUCAGAUCCUUGACAUUCAAGCUUGCAUUUUUCGCCGAAUUUGUUUUAGCAUGAAUCAUUUCCUAUCUCUUUUCUCCCAGUUAUUUCAACAAAACAAAUGUUUUGAUCUGAGAAUAAAAGUCCAAAGUAAUAAAUAAAAUAAAAACCAUUGACUUGUGUGGUCAAAAAUGAAACUCAACCUUUUUAAAUCACAUUUGUCAUUCUGACUUUACUGCUAAAACUCAGAUGAUUAGUAACUUCAAAAACGAAUUUUUAUGUUUUGUGUUUAAGGCAAUGUACUUUUGAUAAUUUAAAAAAUGUUUGUUUUGCUACUAAGUGGGAUUUUUUUUACUCGGACCCUAAUUGGUAUCUGGAACUUUUUUUUACUCAAACCAUCUUUGGUGUCAUGAAAGUACUUCUGAACAAGAAAAUAAAAUAAAUGACAUCUAUUUUGCCUUGGUUAUGGUAAACAAGGAAAAAUAUCCACUUUCUUUAUUUUUUUAUUAAAAUUUCAAACCUCUAAAGCUUUGUUAAAUAUGAAGUUUAUGACAUCAAAUUUAGAACAACAAAUAUUUUACAUGUGAUAAAACAGUGAAUAAUAAUAAUAAAAAGUGGACAGUUUGAGGUCAAAAUGUUUGUCAGUUAAUGAUUUAUGGGCUAUAUAGUGGAUAAAGUCAUUAAGAAAUCUCUACCCAUUAUCAGCGUACUCCCACAGUUAAGUAAUAUAAAGAUAACAUUGAUAUAUAGCUCUGUUCUUUUUCUCAUCUAUAAAGCCACAUCGGGUGAUAGUGUACUCUGUGGAAUAUAGAGGCAUUGAUUACAAAAACAAGCCAAUGCUUAAGUUUGCUGACGACUUUAAACAAAAGGUAAAUGUCAUCUGUGCAUUGAUCUUUGAAAUAGUUUCAAGUACCUUGAUAUAAAUCAAAAUAGUUUCAUUAAAGUACGUUGAGAUAAACCAAAAUAAAUUUCAUUAAUUACCUUUAUAUAAAUCAAAAUAAUUUCAUUAAAUUACAUUUAUAUAAAUCACAAUAAUUUCAUUAAAUUACAUUUAUAUAAAUCACAAUAAUUUCAUUAAAGAACCUUAGCAUGAAGCACAACAAUUUUAUUAAAGUACCUUGAUAUAAUGCACAAUAAUUUCAUUAAAUUACCUUUAUAUAAAUCAAAUAAUUUCAUAAAGUACCUUGUUAUAAUGCACAAUAAUUUCAUUAAAUUACCUUUAUAUAAAUCAAAUAAUUUCUUUAAAGUACCUUUAAAUAAAUCAAAUAAUUUUGAUUCCACUAAGAAUAAUGGUCACUUAAACUGCUUUUUGUUUCUCAUUAAGAUAAUAGAUUUUGUAGAACAAAGAAUAGCAUAUGACUAUUGUGGAGAAGACAGACUUUUAGCCAACCAUCCAGAUGAGUUUGCCAAGUCAGCACACCUUGAGUUUGUACAGUCUAAAGGCAGAUACGUUUUGGGCAGAGAUAACUUAGUGUUACAGGUAAGUCCAUGUAGUGUCAAUUGAAAGGGAAUCUAGACUAGCAUAAAGUUUUUAUCAACUUGAAAAUGCCAAAUCUAUUUCUCUAAAAUGUCUAGCAUUUUUAUGAAGCAAUGCCACCAAAAUAAAUGCAAAAUUGAAUAGUGCAUUUGUGUUAGUAGAUAAAAAUUGUGAAUGAACAGUUCUCAAUGGUGAGUAAGUUCUUAAAAACAUGAUUAUUCAUCGCUUCUUUAAAUAUUUCAGAUAGAGAACUAUAUAUUGAGGGAAGAACGUGACAUUUCAUUAAUACUUCUUGGAGCCUCUGGAUCAGGGAAAACAUCUGUCAUGUGUUCAGCAGCCAAGACUAUUUUAAACAAAAUUGAACAAGGGGAGUUACCAGCCUUUGGGUGAGACAACCGUCAAUGAGCUUAUAUAUAUAUAUAUAUAUAUAUAUAUAUAUAUAUAUAUAUAUAUAUAUAUAUAUAUAUAUAUAUAUAUAUUUGUAUUUAUUUAAUUUUUGUGUCUUGAGACAUGUCAGGUUGACUGAUAGGCUUAUCUGGUUUCUUUUUGUGUCCUAGCAAUAAUUUUUUCUCAUUCCAACUUAUCUUUUCUGGCAUAUGAAAACCAUCCAAAGACAAGACAAAUCGCCUACAGACAUAAGGAAUGUCCAUUAAAAACUACAACGCACACUUGGGAACUUGACAAAUUUAAAGGACAACGUAAAACACCAACAAGGAUUUUCCAGACUGAAAUAAAUAUGUACAAUGAAUGGGGAAAAAAAAAAAAAUUUCAUUUAUUUGGCUCAAUAAAAAUAUCUUAUUUUAUGUUCAUAAACUAGCUAAUAUUUCCCAUUGAUAAUUUCAUAAAAACUGUCUAACCCCGCAGCCAAGCUAAACUUUUUAAGUAGAGUCAAAUAUAUUUGGAUGUAUCAUGAUAUCUGGUAUUUCUUUCAAUCUUAGGGAUAAAGGUGAAAAGUGGCGAGUGUUUUAUCACUUUGUGGGGGCUGUGCCAGGGUCUACGUCUCUAGAACAAAUGCUAAAAAGACUUUUAAGGGAAACAGGCAUGACAAAAAAGGUUCCCAGAUUUUUUUUGUUCUUUCAAUUUUAGAAUUUAGUUAUGGUCUAUUUUUUACACCUAAAAUUCUUACAUUUAUUAUUGUUAGUUUAAAAAUUAAAAUAACAUUUGACUUAGAAAUGAAGUGAUAUUAUCCACCAGUAACGAUGGCAACAAACUUAGACAUACAUACCUCAUGGCAGUGCCAUCUCAACAGCAACUUAGGCACCUGGUCCUCCCAGGAAUUAAACUAUACAUGGCUAAUAGAUUAUUUAAUAGAAUUAGGCAUUUUUGGUGCCCUUGUCGGUGCCCAGGUUGAGCCAUGUAUUUAGAAGGCACUGCCUCGUGGACCCGUUGAGUUAUAUAAUACUGAUGAUUCUAGUAUGCAAGCUUUUGCUAAAAGAAAGUCCAAAAUUGGUCAAGUUUUAAAGCUAUAAAUUGCUGCUGCUGGCAUCCGUCCGUCACAAUGUGACGAUGGAGUGGGCUUCGGAGAACGAAAUCCACAUGACCUGGGAUUAUUCUUCAAGGAUUAUAAGCUGGUUCCCAACAGCAAAUCGCCUCUCUCCACGCCGCUGGAUAACCCAAGGGAACAUCAUUGGAUGAUACAGCUUGGCACCAGUGACGUCGCAGGAGUUGUCGGAAUGUUUCAUUGUAUCAAUGUUAUCCGCCUUUCGGGACUCCAUCUCCGGGGUUUGAUUUCAGAGUUUCCUUCUCUUAGAUGAGUUGCCAUCCAAGGUUAAUGAGUCCCAUCCACCCGGGGUGCUGGUGGUGUUGUUGCUUGACUGGGCUCCAGACCACCAACUUGAGAUUACCUCAGUUUAGACCACUCGGCCACCCAGCCAUACAUUAAGCUCCUAACAAAUCACCUACCGGCAGGUGGAGAAUAUAUGCAACUGCUUGCUCACAAAAAGUGCUGUCGAUUUUUCUUAUCUCAUAAAAAAGCUUAAAUUUUGCUUUGACUGUAGAACUCUAACUGUGCUAAAGACUUGGACUCAGCCGCCCAGAUGUGCUGCAGUAUGUUGUCUAACCUCAACACCGAUCCCCUCAUCAUAUUCCUGGAUGCUGCUGAUCAGGUAUCAUUUCCUUUCUAUGUCAAAUACCUUUAUGUCAUACUGGGGAAUUUACAUAGGACAAUUAUUUAAUUAGAUACCGGUAACUUCUAAAAAAGUAUUACAUAUUUUUAGGACUUUUAAAAACUGAAAUGGCACUGCUUAAACUUGGAUUUAAUGUUAAAAAGACACAUUAUAAUGGACGUCUUGUUAAGAAUUUUAGAAAAAUUAGCAUUGUAUCUAUGUUAUUUAAAAGUUGUCAAAUACAAUGUUAUGGUAGUUCACCAAAGAGCAUGGAGCAAGAAUCAUAAGCUGGGUACCUAGGAAACUUGCUCCUCAAGUCAGACUGAUCAUGGCCAUGGUAACUGACACUGAGGUCCACAAGGCCCUACAGAGCAGGGAGACAAAACCUCUAGAGAUCUGUGUCACACCAUUGGACAAUAAUUCAAAGCAGGUAUUUAGGUUAACUUUUUAAUCCUAUUUAAAAAGAUGUUUUCUCAUAAGCCAUAAAAAUCAAUUUGUUAUUUAAAUAAUUGAAUCUCUGUAUAAUAUAUUGCGUGCACAGUUUUUUAAUUUGUUAAUGCCAUAUCUUCUUUAAGACUCUGCUUUGUGUUUUUAAGAAGGUGAAUAAAUUUUAAGGGAAUAACAUUGUGUUUAUUAUUUAUCAAAUUUAAAGAAGGUCUGUUUUACCAGUAGUCCUACUCAAUUUUUUUUGGCAGCUUUGUGAAUCAAUUUUAAAGAACUUUUUUUCCAGUCUUUUUUUAUUCUACAAAACUUUUGAAGGUGCACCAUCUAAUACAUGAAAUAAAAAAUAAAUAAGAUAUAGUUCCUUACUGCCAUUGACUGCUCAAAGACUGUUCUCUCCUAAAGUAAUUAGUCAGAUUGACAUUUCCAUCCACUUCAGGGCAUUAUAGAAGAAAUCAUGUUUAAGAACAAUCACAACAAACUGACAACUCACCAAAUGAGGUGCCUCUUAGACAAGCCAUCUUCUGAAAAUCCACUGUGGUUGACUCUGGCCUGUCAGGAGAUCAAAUUGGUGGAGGGGGAGGGACAAGUCUCAGACAAGAUAAGCCAACUACCCGACAGCUUACUAAUGUGAGUCAACCUUUGCUUGGUGUGUCGUUGGCGUCGCAAAGUCUUUUCUCCCCGCAUUAAUAGCUCUCCUUACCAUCCAUUAAAACAAUUGACAUUGCUUGUAAAGUUGCCUUAUAUUUUGACCCUGUCCUGCUAUUUUUCUUUUGAAUUCACCAAUAUGAGUAAAUCAGGUUGCUGAUAUUUUUCUGCAUCCUUUGUAUAAUUAUAUGCAACACAUCUUAAAUUAAAUGAGUGUACCAGUACUCGGAGAUAUCUGCUCUAAAUAAUUAUAAACGUGUUGGACUGCGAUAAAGCUUUGAAGUAGAUUAAUUAGACAAAAAUAAUUUGUGUAACUAAAACGUCUUUUUCCUGUGGGUGUUAUUCUGAACUUUGUUUUUGGUUUAGCGCCCACUCUUAUUCCUUUCUCUCUUUUUUUAGGUAGGAUACAUGUAUAGAUAUAUUAUGUAAAUCUUAUUUUAUACUUAUAUAACUGUUUUAUUUUUGUAUGUUGCACUGAUGAAGGCAUUUGUGAAACGUUUACAUUUGUAUUUUGUAUAAUCAUUAUGAAAGCGUAACAUAAAUUGUUUUAUUUACACAAAUUAUUUGCGUCUAAGUAAUCUGAUAUCUGCUCAGAUUUCUGGGUGUUAUCAAAAGGGAUAGCUUCUUGUACCAACCAUUUUCAUUCUUCACAUCCUCAUGGCAGUGAAAAGUUUGUGUUUCCUUCAGGUUGUUUGAUGAACUGCUGCACAGGCUGGAGACCGGGACAGAAGGUGUUUUACUUGUCGGCACCCUGUGUCUGCUAGAGGCGUCUGCCGCCGGCCUCAAUGAGACGGAGCUGAGGCAGCUUCUUUCUGAUGACACCAUGAUCAAACCACCUUCACCUUUUGAAGAAAAGGGUUUGUCGUUUUGUUUUUGUGUGCAUCUUUCACAACGUGCAACUAGUAGAUUCACUAGUAACUGAUAAGAAGAAUAGUUGACUUGCUUCCUUGUAACAGACAUCAUCAUCCUAAAGAGUUAAAAAUGUAAACAAAACCAUAUAUAGAUUUUCUGUUUGUAGACACAUUACAUAUUUACGAAAGUAUAAUAUUACCCCAUAGAUGCUUGUUCUAAAGUCGAUUUUAAAAUAUAAAUAUUUCAUAGUAAGUAGUGGGGCAGUCUGCUUAUGAUCGGGUCAUAGGCGAUUUUUAAGAUUUUUCCAGGAACAUUAAAUACCGUAAUAAAAUUGUUCUUGUAGGUCAAAGAGGUCCUACUUUACCGUACGGCCUAAAAGAUUUGAAUCCAUCACCACAACAUAACAUAAAACAAAGAUACCCAACUAAUCAAUUGUCUUUAGUAAAAUUCUGUUACAACUAUACACACAGCUGGCCUUUGUAUUGCUUACACUUGCAUGUUAUUUUAUAGGGUCAGUUUAUGAGCUGGUUACAAUACAUACUUCUCACCUAAAACGGUGGUGGGGGGCAGCUUAUGAAUAAAUGGUCUUUAGAACAAGUAUCCUGGCUAAUCUGUGUUUGGUUUCCUUACUUAUGUCUUGAUUUUGUUGUGAUUAUUUUAUCUAGAGGAGACCGAAAGGCAGAGAGAAAGACUUACAAGACAAAAAGAAUGUUGAGAUUUAUGUCUUGAUUUUGUUGUGAUAUUUUAUCUAGAAGAGACAGAAGGCAGAGAGAAAGACUGUUACAAAGAGAAAGGAAUGUUGAGUGAGGAAAGGUGGCAGCUUGUGUUUCAGACUUUACAGCCAUUCCUUAGACCCUACGGUGACUGUCGCGAGGGCAGGUUGGACUUUUAUCACAGAGCACUUAGUAAAGCAGUCAGAAGAAGGUGAGUCAUUUAUUCAUUCAUUUACACACUAGGGAGUUACACUUUUUUUUAAAGUUAUCAGAGUUAACAUUCAAAAUAUUAUAAUUAGAAUGAAUUUUUAAAAUUCUUAAGUAAUAUAGCCAUUUGUUAACUCAUUGUUACUUGAAUAAUUAAUCAGUUUUCCUGAACCAAGUAGCAGAGAUAAUCAGAUUAACUAUAAUCUGAAUAAUUUUUUAAAGUUCCUAAAUAUCAAUAAAAUAUACCAGUAACAAACUAAAGACAUCUGCAUCCAGAUAUUGGUAUAUUAUACAGGUAUUUUAUAUAUAUAUAUAUAUAUAUAUAUAUAUAUAUAUAUAUAUAUAUAUAUAUAUAUAUAAUUAUAUAUAUAAAAAAUUAAUGGCCACAAAAUGUAUGAGCAAUGAGAAAGAAGUACAAUAUAUUGCACAACAUUUCAUGUCAUAGAUAAAUGACAAACGGGAGUAGCAAACUAAAAUACAAAUGGAGAGAGAGAGAGAGAGGGAGGGGAGAGAGGGGGAUUGCAAGAAACCACAAGUCAUGGAAACAUAUUCUUAAUGGACUAUGCUCUACUGGGAGUUGAACAAUUUUAAAAAAUAAGAAGUUUAACAAACAGAUUUUCUUUAUUGAAGUCACCCCCACCCCCCACCCCCGCGGAAGGCUCAGGGAUGCAUAAUUUGGUUACUAAUGAUGAAAUAACAAUGAGAAGGGUAUGAGAAUCACUGUUGUUAGUGUGAGCUUGUUGUCAACAUGAGUUUGUAGAGUUGUGUCUAAAUUGUGAUUGGAUGAAAGGAGAUGGCAAGAAACAAGUGUGUUGAAUGUGAGGUGUUAGAGAUCGAGAGGUGAGUUAGUUCACGGGCAGUCCACAUUGAGUUUUCGUUGCCCAUGUGGAUGUUGGUAGUCCAGCGGUGUGUUGAGAGAGGUUAUUCUCAUAUUUCAAUAUAGGAGUUAACGUUCCUGUUGUUAAGGUUUGCCAGAAGCUCUCGUUGGUGUGUAUUGGGAGUGGACUGUAUUCGUAAGUAUAAAGUGGUGUGGUGAUGACACCUAUGAAGUGUUUCAAGAUAAAAGAAGAACUAUUAUUUCAUGAAGUGUUACUGUAGUCACAUUCUCAAGUAUUAGCCUGAUCCUUUUGAGAUGACCAUUGUAACAGUUCAAGUUGACCCUAGACAACGGUGUCAAUGGUCUUUGAAAGGGUUAUUCAAGAAUAUACCAACAACUGAUAUUUUAAUCAAGGUGCGUCAGGACCAGCAGGAAUAAACUGCCUAUUUAAAUUAUUUAUCCCUACUUUUUUAAAAAAAAUUUCUGUUAAACUUUCAGAUAUCUUACAGUAAAUUCAGAUGAUGAAUCAACAGCAAAGCCAGAAAAGUCAAGCACAUAUUUCUUUUGGCACUCAAAGUUGGCUGACUUUUUCCGUCAUCAUGGUGACGUGACAAGAAUGGUGGAAGAAUAUCCUUACCACUUGGCAUGCUUGGAUGACAAGUUUCACCUGGCUCAGUGUCUCUGUGACUGGAGGGUGUUUGACAGGUUAUAUCAUGAGGAAUACAGCUCUCAGUUGAUGACCUAUUGGAGAAAGGUUGGACGACACUUUUUUAAUGACUGCACUUCAAGGAUUUCUACUUAAAUUUAUUUGUGCAUAAAGUACAUUCUCCCGUGAGACCUUUUAAUCAAAAGUAUUUGAAAAUCAGAUGCAAAUAAUAAUUACAUUUAAAAAAUUCAUUUCAAUUUUAAAAAGACCAUCAUGUUUAUUUUAUUUAAGGUAGAAACUUUUAUUUAGAAAGAAUUAAUACUUUAAAUAUAGAUUAGCUUUACAGUGAGGCCAUUACUAUAGACAACAACAAUUAGGCCAUAACUCUUGACAAAAGAGGUCAAUUUAUGUUAUCUCAUUUAUAUAUUCCUAGGUUGGCCCUAUUUCAGAAAUGAUUUCUAACUAUGAGGCAGCUCUCAAAAGUUUUGAAGAAGCAGACUCUGCAAAUGAAGCGGCCGUUUCCUUAAGAUAUGAAAAAGUCUGUAGAGUCACGUAAGUUUUGCUCGCUCUUUCAAUAAUCAUUCUGAUAGGGUAGCCAUGGUGAAAAAUGUGCAGACCUUCCCUUUUGACUUUGGCUGUCUUUUUUUUUACCAAGGUUUUUAUUCCCGGUUUCUGUGGCUUCCCUUGCCUCCUAGAACUGGGAUACUCUACUGGUAUAGCCUUCUUGACAUCACACUGUAUAGUUUUCUUGAUAAUACCACUGUAGUGUACUGGUAUGGUAUUCUUGAUAGCACUCUGUAGUCUUCUUGACAUCACACUGUACCGAUAGCCUUCUUGACAUCACACUGUAUAGUUUUCUUGAUAAUACCACUGUAGUGUACUGGUAUGGUAUUCUUGAUAGCACUCUGUAGUCUUCUUGACAGCACACUGUACCGAUAGUCUUCUUGACAGCACACUGUUAUAGUUUUCUUGAUAAUACCACUGUAGUGUACCGGUAUGGUAUUCUUGAUAGCACUCUGUAGUCUUCUUGACAUCACACUGUACAGAUAGUCUUCUUGACAGCACACUGUAUAUAUAGCCUUGACAGAAUUACAAAGUAAAUAACAAUUCACUUUUCUAAAAAAGCUAGAAAAAAAUCCUUUAAAAACAAACGAACUUUUUUUAAGCAUUCAGAAUUAUUGCCCUUUUUAUUUUCAUGUUACAUUGCAUCCAUGUCAAUGUCACUUUCUGUGGGAAGAAAAUCCCAACAGUUUUCUGUGCUCAAGCAUUUUGAAAGUUUCAACAAAACCAAAUAAGAUGUCCAGAUGUGUAUGAGUAAAACAAUGUAACAUGUAUGAUGUAAUGAUCCAACCAUUUGAUUCAAUGAUUUAAGAUGUACAUUUUUUUUUGUCGACAGAAUCCAAGCAGGCAAGCACCAAGAUGCCCUGGAGUUGUUGAAGACGGCCAUGAAAAUUGAAGAGAAGGAGUUGGGUGCUCGAUCUCACAGAAUGGUUGAACUCUAUGCACUUAUGUCAGAGAUCUAUGAUGAGGUAGCACAUCUACAAUUACAGUUUGUUUACUGUAUUUGAGUGUUGAUGAUUAAUGAAAACUUUAAGAAAAUAAUGGUUAAAAAUAUCAGAACUAUUAGAUCUACCAGGAGCCUAAUUUGUCUUAAGUCAAGCUGCAUGUACCGAUACAAAAUGUCUAAACCAGUUUGAGAGAUUUCAAGUUGACUCAGUCAUGUUUAAUGUUAUCUCACGUUCACUGAUAUUUUAACUUAAAUUAAGUUGACUCUGAUAUAUUUAAUGUUAUCUCAAGUUGACUGAUAUAUUUAAUGUUAUCUCAAGUUGACUCUGAUAUAUUAAAUGUUAUCUCAAGUUGACUCUGUCAUAUUUAAUGUUAUCUCAAGUUGACUCUGUCAUAUUUAAUGUUAUCUCAAGUUGACUCUGUCAUAUUUAAUGUUAUCUCAAGUUGACUCUGUCAUAUUUAAUGUUAUCUCAAGUUGACUCUGUCAUAUUUAAUGUUAGCUUUUUGUUUGAUAUCCUGUUGGUAGAAACUCAAGUUAAAUGAUUUUGUGUCAAGAAGCCAGCUCCCAGAUUUGAGAAAAACCAUACACUAUGCCAAGAAAUCCAUUCAUAUCAGAAAAACUCUUCCAGGGUCAUACCACAAGGUAAUAUGAAUAGAUCAUUCACUCAAGUGAGGAUAUUCAUGUUUCUGUUCUUUUUUUUAAACUCACAAUUAGUGUCAAUAUAAUGAAAUGUUUUGUUAAAAUAUCAAAUGAAGAAGCAUCAAAGGUUCUCAAGGAAUUUAGAUACUUUUUUUUUGUCUAUUUGACUUAAGUUUAAGCUAGGGAUGUCCCUCAUGAGGUUGGCUUUCAACAUGAAGAGUUGGGAUGCUUGUGGGGGAGGCUCAGAGCUGACCGGUCCAGAUGCUGUCACCGAAGGCAACAAAUACAUUGACAGGGCCUUGAAAAUAUUUAUGGAGGUAAUAAAGUUGUGGUGCACGGCAGUUCAUUUGUUGAAUAGUUUUUCAAUUCAAACUGGUUGAUACAUGACAACUCUUCGCUUUUUCUUUAUUUCUAGUUACCUUGUGCUUUUGGUAAUUAUCUUGUGCUAUUUCCCAUGUGCUAUUUGUAGUUUUUAUAUUUGACCACAGCUCAAUGAUAUGGGACACUAUGCUGAAGCCUUGAUGACCAAAGGUGUGCUAGCUCCACGAGGAAGUAUGGAACAGCUAAAGGUAGUGUAAAGUUGUAGUUUCCAGUGUUCAAAAUACAUUACAGGGUUCCCGCGGCCUCCUGAAAUUCCAGGAGCUCCUGGAAAUCUCCUGGAAUUUGAAAACAAAUGAUAAAAUCCUGGAAAACUCCUUAAAUUUUAAAAUUUCUCCUAAAAUGUCCUGAAAUUUUUGUUUCCACAGAGGGAGGGGUAAAAAAAAUCCUUGUUCGCGAUAGUUAUUUUAUAAAUUAAUAUUACCGCUAUAUUCAAUUCGUAGUCUAUUUUUAGCCAUUCAUUUAUCAAAACGAGUUUGCCAUAAUAAUUCUAGUGGUUUCCCCUUAACUGCGCAUGCGCUUUACGAGUUUUGGAUAUGAAAUGUCGUACCGUAAUGCUUUGAUAGACAAGAAGUUUUUUUCGUUCCGUUCAGUUCGUUGUUCAACUAAUUUAUUUGGUAAGUAUAGUGUAAAAUACAGUAAAUAGAUAUUUAUCUGUAGUUAUUUAAAUUUUUGGUAACUAUUAUUAGUAUUAUGAAUAGAAAACUACGCGCCCGAUCGCUGUAUAAUUUGACUAAGCUUAGCCUAAUUUUUUUUUAAAGUUGAAGUUUUGUUAGUUUUACCGUAGGUUGUCCAAACUGGAGAAAGCGUAGUUUUAGUUUUGGGGUCAUUUUCCGAAGUUUUCAAAAACAAAAAUUAACUUACUUAUAUAGUAGUUUUAAAGGAGUACAAUUGAUAUGAAUAUGUGAAUAAAGUUUAAGUCUUUAUCUGACGAAUUAUCUUACUUUUAUGUCUUUAACUUUAACACGAGUUUGAAAAGUAUCAGUUUUGACCAUUAUAUUAUACGGCGUUUUCGCGAGUAUGGUGUUGCAAACGCUCGCGGCUGUUACAGUUUGCAAAGAAGAAGAAUUUGAUUUUUAUUUAUAAAUAUUAACAAAAGGUAGUAAGUAGUAGGCCUUUUUUUAUAACAAUUAUAUUGACACAUAUUUUUUUAAACAUAGUUUAUAGUGAGUUUUAGGCCUUUUUGUAAGUUAAGUUUAGUUAGGCCUUCUAAAUAGGAGAAUACUAAAUAAAAAAAUUAAGUUAUGUUAUUUUUGCAUGUUGUAGCAUAGUUUACGAUGACUUCAAAAAUGACUUCGGAACUUCAUUUUAAAGUUAUUAAAACUAGCUGAUGCAACCAUUGAGCUUCACAUAACUUUACAUAGUUAGUCCUUAUUUAUACACGUAGUUAAAAAUUAAGUGAUGCACCCCUGUGCUCUAGGUAUAGGCAUACUUUGCGGUAUUAUAAGCAUAGUUGGCUUGGGAAGGGGGGGGGGAGACUUCCGAAAUUUAAAAAAAAAAAGUGGUUGCUUGGUCGCUGACCCAUUCCCCUGUUUAAAAUCCGGACUAAGCCGUUACAUAGGCAUAUGCCUAUAUUAGUUUCUCUUCUGACUCUCUCUGUAUUAUUAUUAAUUUAGUACCAGUAUAACUUAUAAUAUAGUCAAUAUUAUAGACCUAAUAUGAUAAUAAAUUAAUUCUAUUUUAUUUCACUAUUCAAGGUCUAGGGUAAAUAAAUGCCCAACGGUUCCUUUGAGGACUGAUAAUUAAGAUAGCAAUCCUGAUUGAACAAGCCAUCACUGCUACUCUAUACUAGAUAUUGACUCUGAACUGAGUCAAUCCCAAGCUAGUGGCUAGUGUACUGGAGUUCUAUCCCCAGAAAAUGCCUAGACAAGCAAAAACAUCACCAGCAUGCCGGGUAGAUGGAACUCGUUAACUUUGAAUGGCAACUCAACUUGGAGAAGGAAAACUAUGAAAUCAAACCCGGAGAUGGAGACCCGUAGACGUUAUGACAUUGACUCAAUGAAAAUUCUGACAAAAUCCUAUGACGUAGAAAGCAUAAAGAGCAUAGUGAAACACACACACACUCAAUCUGGUAAUCUACUGCAUCCUGAUCUAUAUCCAGUCGUCUUGACUAAUCUUACCAUUGAAUCAAAUAGGCAACGACGAGAGAGUGGCUCUGGCGAAUUGAGCAACUCUCCCUAAAUUUCAACAAAAUACAGCUCACGUCAAGGCUACUGCUCCAGUCUUAGGGAUCUUUAUGUGUACAGGACAAAACAAAAAUACUGUAAAUAUAUGAAGUAUAUUUGCAGGACAGUUCUCGGAUGCCAUGAAAAUUAGGGGAAAAUGAUCAACAAUGAUAAACAACAAUCAUCUGAGUCUUCCUCUAGUUCAACUUCAGUUUUUUCACCUACCUCGGGUGUCCACUUUUGCAACUUCCUAGUCAAGCUCCUAGGUUAUGUGUAUCUUCGGAAAUAAAUAUGACUUACUUGUGAAUAAAAUGGAUUAUCUUAUAACUUUAUUAGUUGUUUGUUAUCCAACAUCAAGUGCAUCUUAUUCUUAUAAAAAACCAAGUUACUCAAUUGUAUGUGAACUCGGGGCCAGAAUAUCUAUACCGGUACAUACCUAAAUCAAAUAAUUGCUAUAGCAUUGGCAAUCCUUAGAGUAAGUACCGGUACUAUAUAAGUGCAUUUAUGUCCUGUUACUACAAAAAAAUUGUAUAAGCGUAUAGGGUCUCUCCGUUUUUUACUCUUUAAAAAAUGUCCUGGAAUUUUGUAUUUUCUCCUGGAAAACUCCUGGAAUUUGUUUUUAGAUUUGGUGCAGGAACCCUGACAUUAAGACAUUUAGUGAAAUAUUCCAUCAGUUUAUGAUGAUUAAAUUCUAAACGAAAACUUAUAAUACCAUAAGAAUGAAGUAAAUUGACCAGAAAAUAAUAGAAUCUAUUAUGAAUAUUUGAAAUAUUUUUUUUUUCUAUUGCAAGGCUGAAACUCUCAAAUUAAUUAACAAAGAGAUUAGCCAGUUGAACAAUAUGUAUUUGCUAUUUUGUCCAAAUGUAUUGAAAGGCUUCUGUUUAGCUUCAUUAUAGUGUUUGAAACUGUAGCUUCUAAUUGUAUCUACAAGAGCUUUGAAACCACCAAAACGAUAUCUAGAUAAUUUGUUCUAUUCUUUGAAUAAGUCUCUGUAUGUUGCUUGUGUUUUUACACUGAAUCCCUGUCACCAGUUAUACAAUCAAGCAAUGGAACUGUGCAUGCAAAUGUAUGGUGAGCUCCAUAUCCUGACAUCACGGCUCUAUAUCAACAUCGGGAUAGUCUAUGAGGACAAUAAAGUAAUCUCAUCCAUUACUUCUUAUUAGAAACCUUUGAUAAUUAAAUGAAUUAUAAUUCAAACAAAAUAAGUAUGGUUAUUAUUAGCAGUAAUGUAUUUAAUUUUUGUUUUGUUACAUAAAGUAAAGCAUAUUUGAACAAUUAUCUAUACAAACAAAUGUGACAACUGUCUGAAGAAACAAAAUUUAAUAAUUAUUUUAUCCUUUCUGAUUAUUUUUAUUCAAUUUAUCAGGAUUAUAAAAGGUCAUAUCAAUAUUUCAAAAAAUGGGCUCGUCUCAGUGAGGAGAUCAUGGGCCCUGACCACCCAAAGACAUUGAGGGCUAAAGGUGUUUUAAGAGAGUCUCGCUAUAGGCGCAUAGCCAUGGAAUUGGGAGAGUGGGUUGAAGAUGAUGAGCAGCUUCAGGUUAGUGUUAGUGCUUUAGAUACCAGCUUUGGCAAUAAUGGUAAAAUCACUUGUUUUCCAUUCUGAGAACUUCAUUUUUUAUGCUAGAAAAAAAUCUCAAAAAUACAACUAAUAUAGUCUUAUUCUGUCAAUGGUUGCCUGUAAAAUAUAAAAAUAUUUUUUUAAAAUCUGUGAAUCCAGGAUAGUUUCCUGUCAAGUCUCUGUUUAAAUUUCUUUCAAUAAUUUUAUUUAGGAGGCAGAAGAGGAGGAAGAAAGAUCUGAAUCCUGUGAGAUGGAACAUAGCUAUGAUGACACAGUGAAUAACAUUCUGAUUGUCAGCCAAGAUGAAUCAAGUCUAGAGGGUCAGUUGGGUGGUUCUCAAGCAGCAGGAGAUGGUACAUCCACUGGGCAAAUCUCAUCUGCUCCAGCCCAGACGACUGUUACAUCAUCACCACCGUUUAACAUUGUUCCACUUUUACCUAACUCCUACCUGGAGUCUGUGGGUUACCUUAAUCCACCAUCUCCAGCGUCAGACAGGCUUCACAUUACGAGUGACUCCCGGUGGCAGCGAAACCGUCCAAGAGAUACGUCCAGCUACCUGAGGUCACGGUUAGAAAGGAGUAAUGCCAUCAGACGUGGCACACCUACCGCAGAUCAACCAACGACGCCACAGUUUGGAGAUGCUCCUUAUUCAGUGUGUUCAACUUCUCCUCAGCUCUGCUCAGACAGCAACCAGAGAUCUUCAACGGAGAGCAGGAGCGAUCUGGUCUACAGAUUUGACAAUCUCUUAAGGGAGCUUACAAUGCAUCGUAACAGUUCAUUGACUGGAAGCUCUGGCUUAGGGGAAACACUUACUCAAAGUUCUCCUACCAGCAAUGCUCGAUCAGCAUUUGAAUGUCACCUUGAUGACCUCACCCGCCACUUAACCAGCCGUGCCGUGGACAUCAGACCUUUCAGCGAUUCCCUUCUUCAUGAGACCAGAGCCACUACCACCAGCAGGGAAGGGAUUUUUCCUUACAACCCUGAUGUUGUAUCGGCUCUUAGGGAACAUGAAUCGUUCAACAGGUUUGUGUCAAGAGGAGCCCCGAGCCCGGGGCAUCAACAAGGGGAGAAUAGGUUAGGUCUCACUCCCAACAGCUCAGGGGAUAGUAUUGGACAAGUCUUUGCUAACGGUUACGUUCCUAGUGAUGAAGAGAAUGACAAUGAAGAAGGAUCUGACCACGAAGGACAUUCUGACAGUGAAAACUUUUACGACGAUAAUUUUGAAGACUAUGAUGAACAUUACAUUAUUUCGGGGGACGGCACGAUUGUUGCAGAUGUUUUUGCUGUCAGUGCAGAAGAUGAAGACGAAAGGGAAAUAAUAGAACUAGGUGUAGGCGAGGAAAUGGACAAUAGAUUUUCUGUGGUGGAUUCAAUGGAUUCACGGUUAAUUGAGACCAUUGUGGUAGAUAAUAGGUUUGCUAGUGAUGAUGAAAACGAUGGCCGUCAGAAUGAAGACAAUGAAAAUGAGGCAGAUGACAACAGCGACAAUAGAAACUAUCACAGAACAUAGCAUUUGUGGUCCUAUUCACUUUUAUCAAAGUUAAACAACACAGUAACCUUCCUUUUCACUGCACCACAUCAGGUAUGCAAUUAUUUGACAACUUAAAAGAAACUUAGCGCCAAAAUUUUUAGUAUAACGUUGGACUGAAUGUCGAUUAUCCUUCAUUUUUGGAUCAAAAGAUGGAAGGCCUUACUGCUAUCUGAAAACAAUAGUUUGUCUUUGGUCAUUUCAGAAGAUGGAUUAAAACUAAAUGUGCUGUCUGAAAGCAAUUAUCUUUGAUUGCUUCAGAAAUUGGAUGAAAACUAAAUGUCCUGUCUGACUGAAAGCAAUAGUUUGUCUUUGUUGGGGGAAG